AUGGUGCGAAAUGCCGGAGGUAGAGCAUUUGACGCAAUCCGAACGCUGUCGGUACUCCAAACUAUUGGUGCACCAGGGACAAUUGUUGUUAUGCAUCAUACUGACUGCGGAAUGACCCAUUUUCACGAUGCCGACAUUAAGAAAGCGCUUGUGGAAAUCGCGCCAAAUGAAAAAUCUUCAAUUGAAGCUAGUAGAUUUGGAGAAAUUAAAAACAGCAUCGAGGAGAGUAUCAGGGAGGACGUUGCACUCCUCAAGGCUUCGCCUUUAAUCAAGGACGACACGCAGAUAAUCGGUCUCGCAUAUGACACCGCUACAGGUGCUCUCACUGAAGUGGACGAUUCAAAGAGCGCGUUAUAA